AUCAAGUCAAACCAUCAACCAAACCACAUAAGCACCUAAACCUGAACCAAAUGCUUCUUCUCGCUGACCUUUGACUAACCACUCCAUUUCCAGUGACUUCUACUACUACAUAAACCCCCCCUUUGCUCAAAGACAGUAUCAACUCACAAUUCUUGAGCCGCAACACCAACGCUCUUUGGCUUUUACAACUAACACAUUCAAUGGCUAGUAGUACCAUUCCACCAUCCAAAACGCAGUCUCGUACAGUUUUUCAAAUUGGUUUAAUAGCCGCAGCAAAACAGCUUGCGGUUGGCGUUUCAGGGCUCGCUUCUAAUUCAAAGAGGAAGCUUCGCCGUUGGACUGCCUGUUAUGGCUCUAGAGAUCAUGAACCCGUUAUACAUCUCCAAAACGACAUGACGAUGAUGAUCAUGAACAGUGGUGGUGUUUAUGAGGCAGACAACGGCGAGCCGAGCAUGCUGCUGAGUGGGGAUCAGAGACGAGGUCCGUUGUGGCAGAAGAACAUUCUCAUGGGUGGAAAAUGCCAGCUUCCGGAUUUCUCCGGUGUUAUCUUGUAUGAUUCCGAUGGACUUGUUGUUCCUCCGGCCAAGAACUCUCUUCCUCUGCUCACCUGGAAGUAACAGAGGGAAAGAAAGAAGACAAAAUCCCUUAUUGUCCGAUGUUACUAUUUGUUUGUUUGUCUUUACUUCUUGGCAUAUAAUGUAUUAUUCACUGUAUUGUAAUGUUCUAUGAUUUUUCUAUAACAAAAAGGUAUAUGAAAUUUAUGUAUUAUGUGAAGCUCCUGCUCAACAUAUAACAC